AUGGGUCUCGCUGCCGCCCCGAAGUUACAAUUCUUGGACGAGUCUAGCGAUAUUCGAUCACAGUACGCGGAUGAUAGCUUCAAUGCGUUUAGUAGUCCUGUUGCAGGACUUGACUUCUCUUCUUCAAGUCCGAGCACACCAAUGAUCGGGACAGAACAGACUAACACUCACUCGUCUGUUAUAAUGACUCCUACGGAAGGACUUACAGUACUAUCACUGCUCAACUCGGAGUCGCCUAUCCAAGUGCAGCUCCCCACUCCUACCCUGGCGCAUCCUAAUUCAGUCGAAGCUACUCCAUCGCAGCAUGAUUCCAGUAUGUUUCUGUACCAACAGCCACCUGACGCACCUAUCCUUUGGCCGCUUGAGCACGAGCAAGAAGCAAUGUUACUGCAGCACUACAUCGAGAACGUUGCACUAUUUUUUGACAUGAUGGAUAAUGAAUGCCACUUCGGCGUUCAUGUUGUGCAACGAGCAAAAACCAACUCUACAUUGAUGAACGCUAUAUUGGCUUUAGCUGCGCGCCAGCUCAGUCGUACCAUGGACUUUGACCCAUAUAUCGCUGAUGCGUACUACCAGCGCUGUUUCGACACACUGAUUCCAGCACUCAAUGACAGCGUGGCUAUCAAAGAGGAGUCGCUGCUUGCAGCAACGAUCAUCCUACGACUGCUCGAGGAAAUGAAUAUCUCAGUCACUGGUUCGGAUCCUCAAGGUCACCUCUUUGGCACUCAGGCCAUAAUUCGCGCAGCUGAACAGUCAUACGCUGCGACAAGCGGGCCUAGUUUUCGACAAGCCAUUUACUGGGCUGCUUUUCGUCAGGAGCUAUGGAUUUCUCUUAUGACACAGCGCGCAUUCCAGCUGCACAUUUUCCCUGCUGACCGCUCACUUGAGCCUGCUAACGACACCGUCUGGGCUACACGGACAAUUGCUCAUUUAGGAGACGUGUCAAACUUUGCUUUUGGAGAGGAACGGCAUAGCAUUGCACGAUAUAGCCAGCUUAUGGACGAAAACAAGGCUUGGAGGAUGCGAAGACCUGAUAGUUUUGACCCGUUCUUCUAUCGUCAAGAUCGCGAUGGUAGCGGAAGGAAUUUUCCAGACAUUCGAUUCCACGAAAAGUCGCAUGUGAUGGGAACGCAGUACAAUACACUAGCUCAUAUGCUGUUAGUUGUCCAUGAUCCGACAAUCCCACAGCUCGGUCCGGCGCAUAAACAAUCCCGCGCAGUUGUUGACAGGAUGGUUCAAGAGGAUGUACGUACACUUUGCGGUGUUGCGCAAUCAAAUCCUAGAGUGUUUCCAUGUAAAUUCGUUGCGUGCUAUGCCAUCGCAUUGGUUGGCGACCGCUUCACUACAAGACAAGACCAAGAGCAGCUCCGCGAGCUCUGGUAUGCCUGCGAAAGAUCACACGGAUUUCCUCCCACGUCCACUAUCAAUCAACUCGAAGACUCAUGGGGUUGGCAUGAUCAAUGA